UUCCAAUCAUUUCAUCAAACCAGAUACCACAAUUUAUCCGCACUCUCUCUCUCCCCUGACUUCAAAGCUUAACUGCAUCUAUACCCUACCUGUCAACAUCCCAUUGGCCCUCCCUGUCUUGAACUCACUUUCUCCUGUCUCUCUCCUCUCUCAAGCUCAAAGCAGAAUAAUAUCCAAACCCAUCCGCCUCUGCAGAAGAAUAUUUGGCCAUCUCUCUCUCUCUCUCCGUAGAAAUUUGAAAUCGGAAAAGAUGGAAUUGGUACCAUACACGGACCCAAAUUCCAAACAAGAUUCCCUUCCAUGGCAAGACAUGUUUAGAUCCGCCUCAUACCGUAAACCCUCCACAACCCCACCCCCACCCUCGCCCCCACAGCCCAACGCGCCACCCCACGCGCCCAAUGACCACCAUCACCAUAACAAUAAAACUAGUGCUACUACCUUCUCAGCCUCAGGUGAUCCCCAGGUACGCCUUGCUCUUUACAUAGCCAUGGCCCAUGCUGGUCUUGCUUUCGCUAUCUUCAUUCUUUAUUUCGUAUGCAAGCUUUUGCAAGCGUACUUGAGGCCUAUUCAGUGGGCUAUUUUGUGUUCUAUUCCUUUAAGAGGGAUACAACAGACCCUUGUUGCUUUUUGGACUGAGCCUCUCCAGUUAGGUCUCACUGAGACUGUUCUUGCGGUUCCUGUUUCUAUUUUUACGGUUUUUGUAGGCACCCUUGUUGAUAUUAAGGAGGUCUGUUUAAGGGUUUUUCUUAAAAAGUCAAAAGGAGACAGUUCUAGGAGACAUAGGAGUGGUUUUUCUAAGUUAUUAAGGUGGUUGCUGUCAUUUGGUGUCUUUGUGAUUUCUUAUGAGAGGAUUGGUGGUUUGGGCUCACUCUUGAUUCUUGCUUCAGGCUUCUUGUGCAGUACCAAAACUGUAAAUUCUACAUUUUCCACUGUCUCUUCUCUUAGGAAUUAUAGUUUUAGGCGUAGUUCAAUUACCCCAUUUUUCACAAGAGGUGUGUUGAAGAGGUUGAAAACCAUUGUGGCAAUCGGAUUGAUUGUUGGUAUGAUUGUGGGGUCUUUGGCUGGAUUGAUAUUCUUCUCUUACAAGAUUGCUGUUGAAGGGAAAGACGCCGUCAUCUCAUUGAAAUCACAUGUGGAAGAGAGUAAUUAUGCAGAGAAGCUCGGCAUCAAGCAGUGGAUGGACGAGAAUGAUGUUCCUGGAAUGGUAGAUAAAUACACCACAACAUUCUAUGAAACAGUGUCUGACCAGAUAGAUAGUUUAGCAAUGCAGUAUAAUAUGACUGAGUUUGUUACUGGGAUUAGGCAUUUUGUUAUUAGUCCUCCAGCUAAUACUUCUCAGCAAUCAGUGGCGUUGAUGAGCCCAUCUCCUUAUACAGAGAAGAUGUUGAGCUUAAGGAAGAAAGUUCUCAAUCAGGAAUGGGGAGAAAUCUAUACAGAACUGGAUGCAAUCUUUAGGGAACUGAUAUUUACGCGAGAAGAUCUAGUUGAAAAGGCAAAGGGGUAUGCUGUUCAAGGGAUGGAGGUGUCACAGCGUGUAUUUGCUAGUAGUGCAUCUGUUUUGGGUGGUGGCGCUAAGCUCAUGCUGUCCAUUGGAAACUCCAUCAUUUCUGGAGCAGCAGAGGUUUUCAAUUUUGUAUCUCAAUCAGUGAUAUUCUUCUGGGUUUUGUAUUACCUAAUUACAUCAGAGUCUGGUGGGGUGACUAAUCAAGUGAUGGGUAUGCUUCCAAUUCCAAAACCAGCUAGGAUUAGAUGUGUUGAGGUUCUCGACAAGGCAAUUUCUGGAGUUCUCCUGGCUACUGCAGAGAUUGCAUUCUUUCAGGGAUGUCUUACAUGGCUUUUGUUUAGACUGUAUGAUAUACACUUCUUGUAUGUGUCGACCAUACUUGCAAUUUUCAGCCCCCUGUUUCCUAUAUUUCCACCUAUGUUUGCAACAAUUCCAGCUGCUGUGCAACUGGUGAUGGAAGGGAGAUACAUACUGGCUGUUAGCCUGUCCAUCAUUCACAUUGUGCUCAUGGAUUAUGGUGCAACUGAAAUUCAGGAGGAUAUACCUGGUUAUAAUGAAUAUCUUACUGGGCUUAGCAUCAUUGGUGGAAUGACACUGUUCCCCUCUGCAAUAGAGGGAGCAAUCAUGGGCCCGUUGAUAACAACUGUUGUAAUCGGUCUCAAGGAUUUAUACGUAGAAUUUGUGCUAGAAGAGCCAAAGAAAACCAGUUAGCAGGACGCGGUUCGAGACUCUGCCCGAAUGGGACUCUGGUGAAAUCGUAGUUUGUGAGUUACUUAGGGAAGCACAUAUUCCUUUUCCAAUUUGUUCACAGUGCCUUUCUCUGCCUGCACGGUGUGUUUGUUAGACUGCAAAGGUUUCUUCUUCUUCUUCUUCUUCUUCUUCUUCUUCUUCUUUCACCUGUUGCUGUCAUGAUGUAAUGGCUUCUCUUUUAUAGUUUAUUGGUUGCUGGCAGCUCGAUAAAAAUUGAAAUUGUAUAUUUCCCUGUAUUUAUUUUUGUAAGAAGGUGAGUCCCAUGUAUUGAACAUAUAUGAGUAAUUCAUGUGUAAGAUUCUUUGUUUUAUUUAAAAA